AUGUAUCAGGAAUUUGCUCUGCAGGCAGGAUUUCUAGAUGUAUCACAAGCUGUACAGAAAUCUGAGAAGUACAAAAGUCCUUUUCACCAAAAACAGGUGCUGAGCACAUUUCAGCCUCUGGCCCAGCUCCGUUUCCAUUCUCUGCACUCGACUGCCGUAACUCGGUGCCGGCACGGCAGCGCUGCCCGAGCUCCUCCGAGACCACCCGUGCUGUUCCAGGGUCGCUCCAGACAGCGCUCGGAGAACGUAGCGGUGCCGGACCCGCCACACCCCCGGUUCGGACCCGUGACACCCCCGGUUCGGGCCCGUGACACCCCCGGUUCGGACCCGCGACAUCCCCGGUUCGGGCUCGUGACAUGCCCAGUUCGGGCCCGUGACAUCCCCGGUUCGUGCCCCGCUCUGGGCGCUCCUGGCCGGGGCCGGCGGGGGGGCAGCGCCCCCUCCUGGCAGCGCCGCCGCGGGCACUGCCUGCACGGGCCGCCGCCGAGCCGGACAGGAUUCCCGCUGGGAAAACCUGUAGACGGGUCCGCGAAUAGGGCGGGCAGCGCCGCCGCCGCUCACCGCGGUCCUCCCGCUCGCCGGGGGCGCUGCGGCCGCCCGGUCCCGCCCUGUCGCCGUUGCCCGAGCGGCGGUUCCCGUUCCGGGCGAGGCGGCGGCGGUGGCGCCGGGAUGGAUCGGGAGCUGCUCCGGCAGGCGCUGAACCACCACGGUCCCGCGCUGCUGUCGCUGCUCCGCGCCGAGCAGCACGACAACCCCGACUUCCGCGGGCUGCUGCCGCCGCCCGGGGCCGCCCCGGAGCCGCCUCGCGGGGCCCCGCCGGCCGCCUGCUCACCGCGUUCUCCUUCCCCCAGGAAAGAGAGGGCGAGCAUCGACACCGAGAUAAAGCGCUUCAUCGCCAAGAAGGCGGAUCUGCUGUUCGCGCACUCGUGGAAACCCAAUGGGCCGAUCGAGGACACCAUCGAGGAGAAUGAGGGGUGUUACGCUGUCAUGCCACCCCUGGAGAGGUUCUUGGAGGUGCCCAGGGAGGAGAGGAGAGAGCUGUUCUUCCGUGACAUUGAGCGUGGCGAUAUCGUGAUUGGGAGGAUUACCUCUAUCCGUGAAUUUGGCUUUUUCAUGGUGUUGAUUUGUCUGGGAAGUGGUGUCAUACGGGAAAUUGCAGAUUUGGAAAUCACUGCCCUGUGUCCUGUGAGGGAUGUGCCUCCUCAAAGCAACCAUGGAGAUCCUCUGUCUUACUAUCAGACAGGUGAUCUUAUUCGAGCUGCGCUCAAGGAUGUUGACCGUUACCACGAGAAGCUGGCGGUGUCGCUUUACAGCUCAGCUCUUCCACCCAACCUUUCCAGUACAAAACUGGGCGUGAUCACCUCUGAUGACUUCCCACUGCAUUAUAAGCGAAGCCUGGAAGUUGCCAGCACAGGAGAGACAUUCGAAGAGGUUUUGCAUCGUUCCCCAGGAUUCGCUAAUCCAUCAUUAGUUGAAUAUUUAGCAGAAAAACUGGGACUAAGUGAGUCAAAUCCACCGUCUUUGCUGAGAAGUCUUCAAAUCAAAAAUUUUAAUGAAGAAGAUUUUGCCCCUGCCUUGAGGAAAAAGCAGUCCGCAUCUUGGGCCUUGAAAUGUGUAAAGGCUGGGGUGGAUUAUUUUAAGGUUGGGCGACAUGUGGAAGCCAUGAAUGAGUACAACAAGGCUUUGGAAAUUGAUCCACAAAAUGUUGAAGCUUUGGUAGCACGUGGAGCUCUGUAUGCAACUAAAGGAAGUCUGAACAAAGCCAUAGGGGAUUUUGAAACCGCUUUAGAAAAUUGCCCUACCCAUAGAAAUGCAAGAAAAUACCUGUGUCAGACCCUUGUGGAAAGAGGCGGGCAGUUGGAAGAGGAAGAGAAACUGCUUAAUGCUGAAAGUUAUUAUAAAAAAGCUUUAAAUUUGGAUGAGACUUUUCAGGAAGCAGAAGAGGCCUUAACAAAACUCCGUAAGCACAUGCAGAAAUCUUUGGAAAUGAGGGAGAAACAAGCUGCCAAAGAAGAGAGACAGAAAGCAAAGAAAAUAGAAACGAGUGCAGAAAAAUUGCGUAAGCUCUUAAAAGAAGAAAAAAGGUAACUGUUACAUUCAGUGUACUGGUUAUGUGGCAAUUAGUGCAGAUGACACUGUGAGCAAUCCAUCUCAGCAAACAGUAAGCUGGGGAGAACUUCUCCCUGGGUAAGCUGCUUUUCCCUCAGAAUGUUUUUAUACACAGUGUCCUUUUAGUGCAUACAACCUUUAAUGGAGGUGUGUGUAGAAGAGAAGUUGUUUAAGGAAUACUUUGCAAUAUUUGCAUAUUUGCAAAGCGUAAUGCCAUGUGAAAUUGGGAAAGAGGUCUUUCAUAACAAAAUGUUCAGUGGAUUUAAUCUUUUGAUGAAGAAAUGACAUUUGAAAUUAUCUUGCCAGUCAGGCUCAAUUUCUGUUCCCACCUUACAGUCCAAGCUGGGGGAUGCAGAUUUGCUUUGUACGUGUAGUUUUUGCCUGUUACUGAAGGUCAUCUCACAAGUUAAUUAUUUUUUUAGGUUAAAGAAGAAAAGGAAAGUAUCGACUUCCUCCUCCUCUUCUUCUUCUUCAUCCUCCUCCUCCUCUU